UCAGAUUGUGAUUUCAGGGCCGCAACCAAACAAUGUCUGCUUCGAAUGCUGCAAAUGGGGAUAACCGUCGCAGAAACAAUUAUGUGAACAGGCGUGUCCAAGCUAAGAAACCCGCUGCCAAAUCAGGGAAUUCAGACGGUUCUUCAAGAGAUGCGCAUUUGAGCCGCGAAGAGCGAGGGCAGAAUCUGCAGUAUAGGAAUGUGAACAUGCAGAACUACAAAACUAUGAUUGAUGCUGCUAAGGACAACUUUGCGGACAUAGUUAUUGGCAAGGGAGAUACGGAAGAAUGUACAAUUUGUUGUAAAGCAAGUGAUCUGUUUGGUGUCGGUCCAUGCCGCCAUCCUGUGUGUAUGGAAUGCGCGAUACGGAUACGAGUUCUGUCGAAUAAUCGCCAGUGUCCGGUUUGCAGGACAAAUAUGGACACGUUGUGCUUCAUGUUCGUUUCGAGCAACCUCGAUGAGCAUUCGCUUUCUCUUCCAUCUUUGAAUUUUGCCGAUGAGGAUAGAUAUGGACUGCGGUUUGAAAACGGCGAUGCCAUUACUCGAUAUGAGAAAUACCUUGCCCAUGUGUGCAAGCUGUGCAAGAGCAGCGACGGCGAAAGAUUGGAGUUUCCUACUUUUGUGGCUUUACGACAUCAUAUGUCAAGUGUACAUCAGUUAACAUAUUGUCACAUAUGUACGGAGAACAUCAUACAAUUUUCUAGAGAAAGAAAAACUUAUACCCGCGACGGACUCCAGAGACAUAUCCGAGCUGGGGAUAGAGAUGACAAGAGCCUUAAAGGUCAUCCAUCGUGCUUAUUUUGCGAACAACGAUUUUUCGACGAAGAGUUUAGGUACAAACAUCUUCGCAAGGAACACUUCUUUUGCCAGUUUUGUGAAACGGAGGGAAAACAUAUGAAUGUUUUCUUCAAGAACCAUGCUGAGCUUCUUGCCCAUUAUAAAGAUCAGCAUUUUCUUUGCGAAUUCGAAGAAUGCAGGGCCAUGGGUAUUGCCUUCUCUAAUCAGCUAGAUUUGAAUUUGCAUAAGUCCAAGGACCAUAGCAAUCGUCGUGUGGGAUUGGGCCUUGACUUUCAAUUUAGUGAUCGACAGCUCGCAGGUCCAUCACGAGUUCGACGCGAACCGCCCGCAGCUGUUCCAGUCGCUCGUACGGAUAAAAUUGCUGUUGUUCCGCGAGAAGAACCAGUUGCUCCCAAAAGAACCGAUGAGUUUGUGGUUGUCCCGUCAGCGCAAAGUACAAGUCGUAGUCGUGCCGUGAGAUACAAUAUUGCUCCGGCCUACACUCCGCUCAACGAGGAUUUUCCCAGUCUAGGUCCAAGUCUUCCGAGCUCACGUUCCGAUCCUGCUCUUACGACCCUGCGUCCCGAAAACUUUCCGCGAUUAAAUCGUGUCAAUCAUCCUGGUGCAAAACAGGUUCAGCAGAAUGGAGCUGUUCCCAGUGGAUCGCGGCAGCAACCACAGUCACAAGACCCACCUCGUCCUGUUGAAGAUUUUCCUGCAUUACAAGUUGCUACGAAACUGCUUCCUUCUACCUCUGUUUGGUCGAAAAAGAAGAAUUCCAAGUCGGUUAUUGUGGAUUGUAAAGUUCCCAAUAAUACAAAGCGAUUACCGCAACCAGAUGUUUGGCCUGAAAGGCCCGCAACUACCCAAACGCGGGAACCGGAACCAGCGCAAUGGCAAGAGGUGCCACAGAAAGCAAAGAAGCAGGACAAGAAGAAACAGGUGAAGCCAAAGACAUCCAAAAUCAGCAACCAUCCAGGAGCAGAAGACCUCGGAUCCUCGUCUGAGGACCAGCUGCAUCUCGCUUCCGUUGAAAAUCAUGAUAUGCAACACCUGUCGGACUCAAGUAGAACGAAUCGCGAAGAACCUCUCCCAAAGCAGAAACUUGUUGGUGUUCUUCGUAAAAGUAAGAAAAGUGCUCCAGAUAGGGAAGUCCAACACCCUGUCCGAAAGGAAGAUAAAAAUUUAUCAAAAGAGGAAUCACAAGCCAGUGGUGAACUCGAGCAGACACAAGGGGCUCAAAAGGGUGAAAAUGCUGAUUUAUCCGAGGUGGAGAGAUUUAUCGAGGAGUCAGCAGAGAAGGAUGUCGCUUCGAAAGAAAGUUUGAAAGAAAGGGAAACAGAAACUGCGGCCAUAUCUUCCUCUAUACUAGAUUGGUUUUCCUUGCCUUCGAAAUCUUCGCUUUUCUCCAACCUCUCGCUUUCGAACGUUUUGGGACCGAAAGAAGACGAAAGUGCUUCAAAGAAAACUCUAAGUGAGCCGAAAGCGUCGAUUACUAUUCCGCCACCUCUCAGCAACGCUGUCAAAGAGCAGCGUAUAGUAGAACGAAAUCUGAUAGAGGAUGCUCCCCCAGGAUUGAUAACACCGCCACAAAGCGACAUUCUCUCCGGUCCACCACCGGGUUUUGAAGGAAUUUGCCCUGAUCCAUGCCCUCCACCAGGUCUACCGGUAGCCCCAGCACCUCGCGCAGUUUUCUCAAUGGCCCCAUUCCUUUCUGAUUCUGAUUUGCGCACUGAAACUGCUCCAGCUGUAGCUGCUCAGAAAAGUGACAGCGAUUGGAGAACAGUUAGCUCAAAAUAAAUUACUUAGAGAAUGGCAAUAGAGUUUAUAAAAUAAAUACUGAGUUUUUAUGAUAAAUGC